UGGUGAGACUGAAAAAUAAUCUCACAAGUUUUGACUCCUUACACAGUCACCCGAUCGAAACUUAUUCAUAUUUAAACUCCUUGUCCUCCCCAAUGUUUCAGCUAGUCUAUAUAAAAUAUAAGUAUACGUGUCACAUGUGUUAGUGAGUGGAUUGGAGUUAAGCAACCACUCCUGGACUCGUACGUUGUAGACAUAUCCUGUUUCAGUUGGCUUAAGGUUUUCUUUUUAUUAUAUAGGAAGAAACGAAAUGAAACUUGCUUCUUUGAUUUCUGGUUUCACUGAUUACACUCACCUCCUCUCUAUUAAGGACAAUGUGAUGAGGGAAGAGAAGACAAUUCCUACAAGGAAGAAUGAAGUGAAGUUUUUCAAGAGCUUGGCUCCUCCUCUUGUGGCUGCUUUUCUAGUCUUAUCUCCAAUUUGCAGCACUCCAGUUUCAAGUGCUCAAACCGUAGAUAUUCAGAGAGGAACCACAUUGUUUCGUCAAGCUUGUAUUGGAUGCCACGAUGCAGGUGGAAACAUAAUACAACCGGGGGCAACUCUAUUUGCAAAGGAUUUACAGAGAAAUGGAGUUGAUACAGAAGAAGCAAUCUAUGGUGUCACCUAUUAUGGCAAAGGACGAAUGCCAGGCUUUGGUAAAGAGUGCAUGCCACGGGGUCAGUGCACAUUUGGAGCUCGUUUGGAAGAUGAAGAUAUCCAGAUAUUGGCCGAGUUUGUCAAGUUACAGGCUGAUCAAGGGUGGCCAAGUAUAGAGACUAAAGAAGAAUGAUUUAAUACAUAUUUGGUUCAAUUUAAUGAAUUUAUUUAAGAAAAAAAACAAUUGCUUAUUUGUUUCAAUUUUUUAGGGAACUUUUGGAAAAUAAAUGAUUAUUUAUGUAGAAUUUAGCUGAACCAAACAUGCUAUUAACUUUCGUUUCAUUAAUAUAUAAAUGUUUGAUUUGCAGUUAUUUUGA